CUGGCUUCUUCGUCCACUCCCUCCUGCAACUCUGGUCCCUCUCCCCGAGAGAGAGUUGUUUCUCGAUUCCAUAUUUAUCCUUUAUAACGUUGCAGUUGCUGACCCUGUGAACUAUGCCUCGAUUGUCAGGAAAAUAUCGGCAAUGCCACCUCUAGCACAUUCAUGAAUGGCUGCAAUCUGCCCACGUUAAGCAACCACUCACAUUCCGAUUCGCGUAUAACGGAAACAAAACGUUCUUUGGCUAAGAUAUCUUUUUUUUGAAAUCGAGUUGUUUGCAAAAUACAGUCGAUUUCAGGAGAUCAACGCCUGGAACCAACAAGAUGUCCUGCAUUGUCCGGAUAUUUUGUUGCGUUCCUAGAAAUAGGCAUCAGAAUAAGCCCUGCCACGCGCCACCCCAAACUCAGGUUCGAUACCAAUCGCCCUCCAUUUCUCAAGUGACUGUGGAUCCCACUCGCCGCAGCCGUAACGGAUUUUUCGUCGACGUGGAUGCGGGCGUGGACACGGAGAAUCACUAUAACUCCUUCGUGCCACUGCCGAGAUACACGCCUCGUCCUGUUGACGUUAACCACGACGAGAAACUUCCUACUUUCGAGCAGGUCCAAUCCUGGACCGACAGACGAAGUUCCCAGUACCCGCUUGACGAGAAGACACCAUUGGAUCUCGAAGUGAACCAGGCACGAACGAACAAUGCAAACGACCAUUCGUCGGAUGCCUCGUCCACGUUUUCCGUGCCCAGUAGCUUUGGCAAUACCUCGACCGCCACGACUGAAACACCCCCUCCACCUUACUCUUCAAAUUCAUCAUGGGCACCUUCACGACGAUCUACCUCGUUAUCUACUUCUCCCAGCGUUGCAAGCAUGGUGCAGCGCAGUGAUAUGCCACCGCCAAUAACACAGCCACGACCAGCAUUACGUCGGAGCUAUGAUGGCCAGGGAUCGCCGCGGACAUCCGUCGACCUCCAACGUAGCCGUGGAUCGCAAAGUGAUUUGCCAUUUCCACCAGCAUACUCGAGGCCAUAGACCCGAUCUCAAAGGGCCGUUCGAUGAUGUCGGUUCCUAUUCUCCAGAUAGAACAGAAGUGUCCAUUAUCAUUUUGCCAACAUGAACUAAAAAUGGCUGAUCUCGUGUGCUAUUUCGUCCGAACUACAGCUUAUGAUGGGGGCCAAAUUGUCUUAUCAGAUACAUCAGCUUGUGUUUAAACCUGAGUUCAUAUGCUCACAUCUUGGCGGAACAUUGGUGUUUAAGCCACCAUAUCUCAUAUAUCGUGCACUUUGAAGACUUGGUGCCAACCUCCUUGUGAUUCACUAAUUAUAUCCAGUAUCUGCCCCUCAAUUAUGUUUGUGCAUUUGCUACAUAUUUUCCUAGGAGGAUAUUCAGAGUAAAUAUGUGUAUGUACAGAAAAUUAGGUACAUACAUAAAAUUUAAUGAAGAUAUACGUUUGUGUGAAACGGUAUAUUCAAGUUGUCUCCAUGCCAAGCAUCC